AUGGAUGUUACUUUUAUGAAGCCAGUACAACCCCACAUAUUUAAAGCAAUAAAAGACUUGAAUAUACCAACGUUAAUGAAGUGUUCCCAAGAGGAAAUAAGACCCAUAAUACCAUGCCUCGUUCGUAUGGCACUGAUAUCUCCUUUGGAUGUCACUAGAUAUUGUGCAGAAGCAAAGAAAGAUGUUCUCAUCAUACUCUCUGGUAUAGAUCUGGUAAACUUUAUAGUAUCUCUCUUGUCAAUUGAAUUUAAUACUUUAGAGACAGAUCUUAAAAAAGAGCAGCAAAUGAGAUUAAAAAGUGGAUCACAAUGCACAGAAACUUUCUUAAUACAGAGCGUCUCUAAUGGCAUUACCAAUGAUUUUGAGCAGUCUGACUCAACUCGAAGGGUACGCCUUGUCUUGUCUGAACUACUUCACAUGCAGGCACAGUUGGUAGAAUAUAAUCAAAAUAAAAGUUCGAAUAACUCAGAAUACAGUAUUAAGCCAUCAGAAUUAUUUGACAAUGAUGUGUAUUUGGAGGAGGUCACAGAUGUCAUAUGUAUUAGCCUUGCUGAACUGCCUCACUUACUAAACAUUUGUGACAUAGUUGAAAUAUUGCUAUAUGUAAACAAAGGUCCUAUUAUUAUAUCAUGGGUUGUCUCUAACAUGCCUGAUACUUUACAAGAAGUGGCUGAAUCACUUGUGAUGAAUGCUGAUAGAAGUGAAGAGGGUGGUAUUAGAGCUAAAACAUUAGCUACUCUUUGUGCUGCUUGCCCUCACUUAGCAGCAUCAGUAACAGCCAAAGCAGCAUCUGCAUCUCGAUUACCUUCAUUGGUCAUAAACUUGACUUUGUUGCACCAUCCGGAUGAUUUGGUUUCUUUUAUGUCUGGACUUCUUCUCGGUUCCGAUCAAGCCAGUAGGGCUUGGUUUGCCACAUUCUUACGUAACUCUCACAAGAGAGGUAAAGGUGAUGGGCAUGCCUCGUUAACAAAAUUACGACAAGAACUACUUAACAGACUCAAAGAGGCAACUGCUGGAGUAGAUGCCUCUGCUUUGCUGAGACUUUACUGUGCUCUUAGGGGAAUUGCAGGAAUAAAAUUUCAAGAUGAUGAAAUUGCUGGUCUUUUAAGACUAGUAACUCAAAAACCUCCACCUACUCCAGCUGGAGUUAGAUUCGUAUCAUUGAGUUUGUGUAUGAUCCUUGCAUGUCCGUCUUUGAUGACUGCUCCUGAACAUGAAAAAAAAGCUAUUGAAUGGGUACAAUGGUUAGUAAAAGAAGAGGCUUACUUUGAAAGUAAUUCUGGGGUGACUGCAUCAUUUGGCGAAAUGUUAUUGCUAAUAGCAAUCCAUUUCCACUCUGGACAACUAGCUGCAGUCGGUGAACUUGUAUGCGCCACUUUAGGAAUGCGUGUUCCCGUUCGUCCUAAUGGUCUUGCUAGGAUAAAACAAGCAUUUACUCAGGAAAUAUUUACAGAGCAGGUUGUAACUGCACAUGCAGUAAAAGUACCCGUUACAGCAAAUCUUAAUAGCAAUAUACCUGGUUACUUACCUGUUCACUGUAUCCAUCAACUGUUGAAGUCUCGAGCUUUCUCUAAACAUAAGGUGCCUAUAAAGAAUUGGAUAUAUCGACAGAUCUGCAACUGCACCGCACCAUUGCAUCCAGUCAUGCCGGCACUUGUUGAGGUUUAUGUAAACUCCAUCCUCGUUAUAAACAACAAGGGGACUAAUGAAUAUGUAAACAAACCUAUAAUGGAAGAAGAAAUCAGAAAAGUAUUUAGAAAUUCAAUUUUUGGUGCAAACUUCGAUGUUCAGAGUAAACCAUUUACUUCUAUGGACAUCGAUAAUGCAGAAUCUGCAAUUGAUAUAACCAUCGAAAAGCCAACCUUAGCAUCGCAGUUAUUGCUUAUUUAUUACCUUUUGUUAUAUGAGGAUGUAAGGCUGUCCAAUGCAGCUACACUCAUUGCUAAUGGCAGAAAGGUAAAAAGUUAUUCUGCUGCAUUUUUAUCUGAACUACCUAUUAAAUAUUUAUUGCAUCGAGCGCAAAAGGACCAAAUGAGUUAUGGAGGUCUAUUCAGCCCUCUCUUGCGCUUGUUAGCAACACACUUCCCACAGCUAUCACUAGUUGAUGACUGGAUGGAUGAUCAACUAUUUGGAGAUACAAAUCGACACCAAGUCGACGUCAGUCUUUCGGAAAUUGCUAUAAAUGAUGCAUUUAAAACAAUUGAAGAAAAUCCGUAUAAGACUGGAAAGAUAUUAAAAGCUAUGCUCAAUAAGAAUCCAACAGACAUAUGGCCUUUUGCUGAUACUUUUGUAAAAUAUUUCAAAAGUGUACUUGGCGAUCAAGUACCGCGACACAUACAAGAGUUAUACCAUGAAGUUUGGUUGCGACUCAAUACAGUUUUGCCUCGUUGCCUGUGGAUUAUGACCAUAAAUGCCUUAUUAGAUAUUAAUGGUUGUUCAAAAACUGUGCAAAUUACACAAGAAAAUGUUUUAGUAGAUCCUUUACAGGUUUUGCGAUGCGACAUUCGCGUAUUUAGAUGUGGUCCAAUACUCAAGAUAAUUCUAAGAAUAUUAGAAGCAAGUUUAGCUGCUUCUAGAAGUCAACUAAGCAGACAUUUGCUUGACAGACCUUUACUUGAAAAAAGUGGACAGCUCACCUCUGACGCUGAGAGGGAAGAAUUAAAAAAUGCUCUAGUAGCAGCUCAGGAAAGUGCAGCACUUCAAAUUUUACUGGAAGCAUGUUUAGAAACACCAGAUGAUGAAAAAAAACCAGAACUAAUGUGGUCUUUGCGGGAAGUCAGAAGUAUAAUCUGUUCUUUUCUGCAUCAAAUAUUUAUUUCCGAGCCAUCAUUGGCUAAACUGGUUCAUUUCCAAGGUUAUCCAAGGGAACUCUUGCCAGUUACAGUACAAGGAAUACCUUCAAUGCAUAUAUGUUUAGACUUUAUUCCCGAACUUCUCAGCCAAGUUUCUCAUGAAAAGCAAAUAUUCGCAAUCGAUCUCGUGUCUCAUUUAUCGAUACAAUACGCAUUACCAAAAGCAAUGUCAAUUGCAAGAUUGUGUGUAAAUACUCUAUCGACAUUGUUAGCAGUUAUUCCAUGUGAUUUGCGUUUGGAACUAUCACAACCGGCACUUAAAUCUCUUGUGAGAAUUAGUACCGCAUUCCCGUCACUUCUAGAAGACGUCACUUCUUUGUUGUUACAUUUUGGAAGAAUAUGCGAGUCUCAAGCAUCUCUCGGAUAUUGCUGGAACGAUAUAAGUAUAUUAGGCGAAGGAGGCUACGUAACUUCAGAAGCACAACCCGAUACAAAAGUAUUGGUAGCUGAAGAAUUGUGUAGAGAUAUAAAACUGACAAUGUCGGCAAUUAUGGACAGGGCACUUUUGAAUGACAAACUUUAUUAA